GGCUAUUCAUUAUCCAACGAAAGCCUCUAUUCUAGUAGAGAGAAGAGAGAAGAGACGAGGAGAAAAGAAACGAUAGACAAAAAGAACACACGAAUUUGAUGUGGUCUCCCACACCGCGACGCUUUUCGGCUCCUAACAUUCGGAGACCCUUACACGAAACAAAGUAGGCAUCCAGGGCCCAUUUACUCAAUUCUCAUUUGAUCUAUUCAUCUAUCUCUACUCGAGUCGGUAAUCAUGAGUGUUGCACCUCACCCUGGAAUUCAACCCAUCAUCAUGUCGCGACCUCAGGUCGGCAUAGAACGACUACCAAGUCGCCGCAUGGGCAAUGAACCUCGAGAAGCAAUGAACUGCAAGUCAUGUCGGAAGCGGAAGAUUAAAUGCAAUCGGCUACGUCCGUCCUGCGAAGCUUGCCAAGUUUUCCAAUGUCCCUGCGUCUAUGAUGCUGUACCAAAGAAACGAGGUCCGAAAACAGAUGUGUUAGAAGCAUUAUUAAAAAGGGUUGAUGGUUUGGAAGCCCAACUUAAAGACAGGAAAUCGGACGGAUCAGAACCCUCACAAAUUAUUGCGGACGACACCUCUUCUAACGGCGGAUCGGCAACGGGCGAGUCAACCUCUGAACCGAGAACAAAACGCCCUGCCCUGGACACAUCUCGAGCAAGAGAUGCAGGUACGGAAUCUGCCGUGUACUCACCCACCGUUACAGAAUCUUCCCCUGGCGUACGGAUAGACGCCGUUCUUGAUACUUAUUUUACUCGUUUCCACGCGAAGCCAUACCAUAUCCUCGAUGAAUCUACCGUGCGACAACGUUUACAACUCAACCAAUUACCCACCUAUCUUAUCAAUGCCAUUUAUGCGCUUGCUGCUAGAUAUACGGCUCAUCCCUCUGGGUAUCAAUCGGCUGUCAAGCUUAGUGAGGAUUACGCUCUACGAUCAAGAAGUGAAAUUGAUACGGAUGAACCAUCCAUCGAUGCGCUUCAAGCCCUUCUUCUCCUUGUCACUGCCUUUACGGCAACAGGCAAGGGGAAGAAGGCGUAUAUGCUCCUAACAACCGCCAUUGGCAUGGCUAUGGCCUUAGAGUUACACCGUGAAGUCGAUUUACACACCCGUAUCACCACCGUGGAACGCGAAAUGAGACGUCGCUUAUUCUGGACGUGUUACCUACUCGAUAGGUUCGUUGCCUGCGGCUCAAAACGCCCGUGUCUCAUCAGCGACAAUACAAUUCUUCUGCGCCUCCCAUGCUGGUCCCCAGGACCAUCUACCUUGCCGGUUGAAGGCGAUUUCUUUCAAAAUGGAUCAAACCUUCAACACUUACAAGGGAAUGGGAGAAAAUCCCAAGGGAGUAGCGGUCUGAUUAUCGAUAUUAGCCGCAUUUUAGGAAACACCAACAGAUACCUUGCAGCGGGCGGUGUUAAAGGCGAUUCUCAUUUCCCCUGGCAUGCGCUCUCCGAACUAUCGAAGAUCAGACAAGACCUCGACAUAUGGGCCUCUGGAACCGAUGAUGUUUUCUCAAGCGUUGAUACCCUUUUCGGCCAACCAGAUUCGUCGGUUCUCGUUCUUAGCAAACUUAUCUACCACUUGAUUCACUGUCUCAUAUAUAGGCCCUUCCUACCGAUUGACCUUGCAGAACUAGCAGGAACGGGUCAACACCAAUCUUGGCAAAUAGAGGCCACCAACAUUUGUUUCCUACAUGCCAACGCGAUCGCCGAGUUGGUCGAAUUGGGUAAGCAGAUGGCAUCAAUCGAAUGGCCCGCUUUUGUUGGAUAUUGCAUCUGUACCGCCGGCACAGUUCAUAUUCAUGGCGCACACUAUAACAAAAGCGGGGGCGGUGAAGGUAUGGGUGUGCUGUCAUCCUCAUCGGAGUUCCUUUCCCGAGAAAUGCAGCAAUUAAAUGAGCUGAGCUGUACGUGGGCCAGCGUACAGCAUCAACGCGACACUUUGCAAAGCAUAUACCAUGCCCACGCCGAGCUAGUUAAGAGCAUCGCAAAUAGCUCAAUGCGUUACUCACCUACUUUCAACCUAGAAGAUUUCUUUGAUCGCUACUCGAAUAUCGGCGGAUCAGCACGUCCAUUUACAUUUAAUGCUGCAAAUCUUACACUAUCGGACGUCGUCGUCGAACCUGUUGCAGAUCAAUCAUUUAGAGGAUCUGAUUUAUAUGCUCUUCACAUGAAUGGAGACUCGGAACGGCCAGGUUUGAAACGGAAGAUUUCAGGUCUUACGCGAAAGCGGCCUGAUAUGAGGAGCCUAACACCAGUAAAUACGGCUCAUAAUGGGCCGUUAACUUCCGGGCUGCCUACACCUAGCGCCCAUAACCGUCAUUUCUCCUUCUCAACAGCCCCUCAUUCCGCACCAAUACUUCAAAACUCCAACACACUCCCUCUUCACCAAGAGGGUCUCCCUACAAAUACCGCUCAAGUCCCCCAACGAAGAGAAUCGGCCGAUGAUCAGGCCGCUAGCGUCGCUGCGGUAGCGGCGGCUGCAGCUGCGGGAUUCGAAGCUGUAGCUCACCAACAAUCACAACAACAUAUGGAAGCGAUGCCGACCUCCGCUUUCUCGCCAUCUUAUCAUUAUGCAACGCCUAGUCCGAGCGGGGAUAACGAAAGCAGUCUUGGUGUCGCUAGCUAUGACCCGAUGUUUGGUACUGUACCAACUAAUACUUUCUCCUCUCCCACACCGUGGCAAGGAGUAGAAGACCAUCGCAAGCAAGCUUAUGUGGUCGCAUCGAGCUCGGAUCCAAGGGCUCAUCACGACAGUCCGGCUACCGCACCCGGAGAAGAAAAGGAUCCAUUCUUGAGUUUGCUAGAACAGCUAGCUGAGAAUGAACAUGCGAUAGGACAUGGGAAGGAGCUUGAUUUCUUCCUUGCAGGGGUGCAGGGGUAAACUUACAGGGUAUUACCCCACGUAAUGCAUACCCGUUAUAGUGGCUACCGUCUAUAAUUACAGAACAAAAUAGCGAUUGGGUUAAGGCUCUGUUAUAGGAUUUAUACUUAUCUCUUGUAUUACAACCCGAUAUGGCUUAACAAUGCCAUCAUCUUAGGGGAUGAUUCAGCUCUUAAGUAUGUAACAGCUAAGAGAUACGGCAUUUAUGAGCGUUAUAUAUAUCACCGCGCAAUAUUUUAUUGGAUUUAGGACUUGGAUUUGGGAACGAUGUAGCGAGGCGAACCUGUAUUUAUAGCGGGUAAGGAAAAAGGAUGGAUGGAAGGGAUUGGAGGGGGGUUAUCGCUUGCGGUAUACACGAAGACCCAUGAAGCGAUUAAAGGAUGAAUCAGGUGCCUAG